CAGGAGCUCGCGCUCAGGCUAGAACCGCGGCUGCAGGCGGGGAGCAGGGCGCACGAUGCUCGCGACCGCCGGGAGCCUCCUGCGCCUCCGUCCGGGGCGCCUCCUCCGCUGCGCCCCGGGGACCCCUCGAGAAGCCGCCCGACGGUCGGUCGCGCUUCUCCGGCCCCAGGGUCUCCCCCGAUUCUCUAGCGGCGGGACCCCCGGCGGCUCUGGGCCCCAGGGUCCGGCCGGGAAGGUUCACAGGGUCCCCGCCGAGCACAAGCCUUCCCAAUUCGACAAGAAAAUCCUGCUGUGGACCGGGCGCUUCAAAGCGAUGGAGGACAUUCCGCCUCUGAUCCCGCGAGAAAUGAUAGAUGCCGCAAGAAACAAAGCUAGAGUGAAAGCCUGUUACAUAAUGAUUGGACUCACAAUUAUCGCCUGCUUUGCAGUGAUAGCGUCAGCCAAAAGGGCUGUAGAAAGACAUGAAUCUUUAACAAGUUGGAACCUGGCAAAGAAAGCUAAGUGGCGUGAAGAAGCUGCGUUGGCUGCACAGGCUAAGGCUAAAUGAUACUCUAAGUGAUGAAGUGUUUAUCAGACCAUUACCACUAUUAUCAGCCACAAUAAAAGAUAAAAUAGAGUAUUUGACAAAAUAUUUGGGUUUUGUGGUUUUUUUUGUGGCAAGUGUUGACGAGUAUGUGGAAAGAAAGGAACCUUCGGUCACUGUUGGUGGGAUUGUAAAUUGGUGCAGCCACUAUGGAAAACAGUACGGAAGAUCUUCAAAAGAUUAGAACUAGAACUACCAUAUGACCCUGCAAUUCUACUGCUGGACAUUUAACCAAAGAAAAUGAAAACACUAAUUUAAAACGAUACAUGUACCCUUAUGUUUACUGCAGCAUUAUUAACAGCA